UGCGCGGAGGGUCGGCCGCCGCCCCGCCCCCGGCCUAUGUAAAGCCGCGUUGGCCUGGGGUGGGCCACCGCGAGACGCCGUGUCCCUCGCGCAGGCGGGUGGCCCCGGAGAGCUAGUGCCUGCAAAGGCGGCGACGGAGGCGCCCUCCACUCAUCAUGAACAGAGGCUUCUCCCGAAAGAGCCACACGUUCCUGCCCAAGAUCUUUUUUCGCAAGAUGUCAUCUUCAGGGGCCAAGGACAAGCCCGAGCUGCAGUUUCCCUUCCUUCAGGAUGAGGAUACAGUGGCUGCACUACAGGAGUGCAAGACGCUCUUCAUCCUGCGAGGCCUGCCAGGCAGCGGCAAGUCCACACUGUCGCGGGUCAUUGUGGAUAAGUACCGCGAUGGCACCAAGAUGGUGUCUGCCGACGCUUACAAGAUCACCCCCGGGGCUCGAGGAGCCUUCUCCGAGGAGUACAAGCAGCUCGAUGAGGACCUGGCUGCCUACUGCCGCCGAAACAUCAGAGUGCUGGUGCUCGAUGACACCAACCAUGAGCCAGAGCGUCUGGAGCAGCUCUUUGAAAUGGCCGACCAGUACCAGUACCAGGUGGUGCUGGUGGAGCCCAAGACGGCGUGGCGGCUGGACUGUACCCAGCUCAAAGAGAAGAACCAGUGGCAGCUAUCAGCCGACGACCUCAAGAAGCUGAAGCCUGGGCUGGAGAAGGACUUCCUGCCACUCUACUUCGGCUGGUUCCUGACCAGUAAGAGUUCCGAGGUCCUCCGCAAAGUUGGCCAGGUCUUCCUGGAGGAGCUGGGGAACCACAAGGCCUUCAAGAAGGAGCUGCGACACUUUAUCUCGGGGGAUGAGCACAAAGAGAAGAUUGAGCUGAUCUCCUACUUUGGGAAGAGACCCCCUGGCGUGCUGCACUGCACAACCAAGUUCUGUCAAUAUGGAAAGGCCCCCGGGGCAGAGGAGUACGCGCAGCAGGAUGUGGUCAAGAAAUCUUACGGCAAGGCCUUCAUACUAACCAUCUCUGCCCUCUUUGUGACACCCAAGACGGCUGGGGCCCGGGUGGAGUUGAGCGAGCAGGAGCUGCUGUUGUGGCCGGAUGACGUGGACAAGCUGUCCUCUGACAACCUGCCCCGGGGGAGCCGCGCUCAUAUCACCCUUGGCUGUGCGGCUGAUGUGGAGGCUGUGCAGACCGGCAUUGACCUCUUAGAGAUUGUGCGGCAGGAGAAGGGGGGCAGCCGUGGUGAGGAGGUGGGUGAGCUUACCAGGGGGAAGCUCUACUCUCUGGGCAGUGGGCGCUGGAUGCUAAGUCUGGCCAAGAAGAUGGAGGUCAGGGCCAUCUUCACAGGAUACUACGGGAAGGGUAAACCCGUGCCCAUUCAUGGCAGCCGGAAGGGGGGCGCCUUGCAGUCCUGCAUCAUCAUCUGAGGGUGUGUGCCAUAGUAUGCCCCUCACUCUUUAGAAGGGAGGGGGAGGAGAGGGCAAAGUGCUCCACGUCAUCUUUAAGUUUUUGUUUUGUUUUGUUUUGUUUUGUUUACUCAAAGUUAACUUACCUAUAACUUUUUAAAAACUUGUAAAAUAACUGCCUCUCCCUUGCUGUCCGCCCUCUUUCACUUUAACACUUCAAGCUCUCAAGACAAGGUGGGUGGAUUGACACCAUUCAGGAAUCUGGACCAAAGCUGAUAAGGCUGUGCUGCUGGGCCUGAAGCCACAGUCAGAACCCACCUUGCCCCACCUCCAGGAACUGGCCAGAUCUGUCCCCAGCCCAGGCCCAGGCCCUGCUAACUGGGGGCAAAAGGCAGUGGGCUGGAGUCUGGGGACCAUGGCCGCAGAAGAAAGGAGGAUCCCUUUUUGUUUUGUUUUGUUUUUAAAGCAAGUGAGCAGAAAUUUUAUUUGAAAAGUGAAAGAAGGCUCAGAACUUGCGGCACAGCACCUGGGGCGGGCGGGGCAAGAGUGCCCUGGAUCCCUGGGUUUUGAUCCCAUUUCUUAAUCACUGUAACCCCUGGAAUUAUUUGCCAGGGUAGAAAAAGGGGUUUACCUCCCACCUUUGGUCCUACGUCCCUGUCUCCUUUACCCUGUAACUAGGUAACAGUUUGAUAACUAGAGAAGAAAAUGGAUUUGGCGGCAGCAGCAUCCUCCCGCCUGCCUCCUGGUCCCACCCCAGCAAAGGGCUGGGCUGGCUGUCCUUCCCAGUGGUGUGGAUCUGCUGUUUAGCCAGGGAGAUGGAGGCCGGAGACACACCAAGGGAGAGCUCCAGCCUUGCUGGGCCCAGUCCAUCUUGUCUCCAUAGUGCCUCUGGAGGCCUUUGGGCCUCCUCUAAAGGAGGCUGCAGGGUACCAAGAGCCAAUGGAGGGGACCCCUAAUUGGCCAGGCAAACCCCACCUGCUGCCUCUGGGGGAGUUUUAACACUGCUCCAUGGGCUGUGGUUUCUGGGGUGCCUUCCACUGCCCUCUGCUCAGUAACAGGACCUUGCUAAUCAGGUUGUCACUCAACAGAAGUAUUUUGGAUUUAAGUUACUAUCCGGGUUUUGCCCAGCCGUCAACUUGUAAGACUGAUAAUGAAAUAAAUCAUGUUAAUCCUA